UGUGCUCAAUAUAUACGGUUCUAAUUUAGAAAAUAGAACAAACUAUCAAAACUACAGAAUAGCUCAAACGAUACAGCCUGUGUUAUACAGUCAGAAGUUUCUCCAACGCAAAGUAGCGUGCUAAGCAAUAAAAGAAACAGUUAAUACUAAAGGGUACGAUACCUGAGAAUCAAUAAAAUAUUCCCAACAAGAUGGGAUAACUCCGCCUGUAGCUCUUCUAGAGUUACUGCCGGUCCCAAGCCCGGGUAAAGGAGGAGGGUUGGGCAUGGGGUUAGCGUCCCCAUCCCGUAGAAAACUAACUCGCUAAAAAAACGCUUACCAGAAAAAAUAAUUCAAACCAUUUUAACUCCGCCCUGAGAGUUAGAAGGUCUUCAUUUAGAAGAAUUAUGACGCUUCAUGGUGAAAGCCGAGUUCCUUCGGAAGCCACGAGGCCGAUGCCCCUUCUAACAACCAGAGCAAAAAUUUUUAUAGGUACAUGGAACGUUAGAACAAUGUGGGAAACCGGGAAGACCAGUCAACUUGCAACGGAAAUGAGGAGAUACAACUUAACAGUACUGGGAAUCAGCGAAACCCACUGGACCCAAGCUGGACAGAAAAGGCUAGCUACGGGAGAGAUGCUGCUAUACUCCGGUCACGAAGAGGAAAAUGCUCCACACACUCAGGGAGUUGCUCUAAUGCUGUCCAAAGUAGCACGAAAUGCACUUGUAGGAUGGGAAUCCCACGGAUCCAGAAUCAUCAAAGCAUCAUUCAAAACAAAGAAGGAGGGGGUCUUAAUGAAUAUUAUCCAAUGUUAUGCACCCACCAAUGGUAGCAACGACGAAAUUAAAGAUCAAUUCUACGAGCGGCUGCAGUCAAUCAUAGAGAAAUGCUCAAGAAAGGACCUCACCAUUCUGAUGGGAGAUCUAAAUGCCAAGGUCGGAAUAGACAACACUGGAUAUGAAGAUAUUAUGGGACGACAUGGACUGGGAGAGAGGAACGAAAAUGGAGAAAGAUUUGCAAAUCUAUGUGCAUUCUACAAAUUGGUCAUAGGAGGCACAAUAUUUCCACACAAACGUAUACACAAGGCUACAUGGAUCUCACCGGACCACACUACAGAGAACCAGAUAGACCAUAUUUGCAUUAAAAAAAAAUUCCGAAGGACAAUGGAAGAUGUGAGAACCAGGAGAGGAGCUGACGUAGCUUCAGAUCACCACCUAGUUGUAGCCAAUUUAAAACUGAAGCUAAAAAAGAACUGGACAAGUGGACAAACAGCAAUACAAAGGUUCAAUACAGCCUUCCUUCGAGAUACUGACAAACUCAAUGAAUUCAAGAUAGCUCUCAACAACAGAUUCCAAGCCUUUCAAGAUCUACUGAAGGAAGAAGAAACUACCAUGGAGGACAACUGGAAAGGCAUCAAAGAAACAUUGACUUCAACGUGUCAAGAGGUUCUGGGCCUAAAGAAACACCAUCAUAAGGAAUGGAUCUCUAUAGAAACACUGGACAAGAUCAAAGAAAGGAAGAACAAGAAGACAGCAAUUAACAACAGCCAAACACGAGCAGAGAAAGUCCAAGCACAAGCUGAAUACAUAGAAGCAAACAAGCAAGUGAAGAGGAGCAUUAGAGCCGACAGGAAGAAAUACGUGGAAGAAUUAGCAACGACGGCAGAAAAAAGCUGCUAGAGAAGGAAAUAUGAAACAGCUCUACGAUACAACGAAGAAACUAUCAGGGAAAUACAGUAAACCAGAGAGGCCGGUCAAAGACAAAGAAGGCAAGCCAAUCACUGAAAUUCAACAACAGCGAAACAGAUGGGUAGAAUACUUCGAGGAACUCCUGAAUAGGCCGGCUCCAAUGAAUCCACCGAACAUCGAAGUAGCAUACACAGAUCUUCCUAUAGAUGUCAACCCACCAACGACGGAAGAAAUUAGAAUGGCCGUCAGACAAAUCAAGAACGGGAAAGCAGCAGGACCCGACAACAUACCAGCUGAAGCACUGAAAUCAGACGUCGAAGUAACCACAAGCAUGCUUUACCCUCUAUUCAAAAAGAUUUGGGAGGAGGAACAAGUGCCAAUGGACUGGAAAGAAGGACACCUCAUCAAGAUUCCAAAGAAAGGAGAUCUGAGCAAAUGUGAAAACUACAGAGGCAUUACACUACUGUCAAUACCAGGGAAAGUCUUCAACAGAGUGUUGCUGAACCGGAUGAAGGAUGCAGUAGAUGCCCAACUUCGAGAUCAACAAGCUGGAUUCCGAAAGGAUCGGUCGUGCACAGACCAAAUUGCAACACUACGGAUCAUCGUCGAACAAUCAGUUGAGUGGAACUCGUCACUAUACAUCAACUUCAUUGAUUAUGAAAAGGCAUUCGACAGUGUAGAUAGGAGGACAUUAUGGAAACUUCUUCGACACUACGGAGUUCCUGAGAAGUUUGUCAAUAUUAUCCGGAACUCAUACGACGGACUACAGUGCAAAGUAGUGCAUGGAGGACAGCUGACAGAUGCAUUCCAAGUAAGGACCGGAGUCAGACAAGGCUGUUUACUCUCUCCCUUCCUCUUUCUUCUGGUGGUCGCCUGGAUUAUGAAGACCUCAACAUCUGAAGGAAAACACGGAAUACAAUGGACAGCUCAGAAUCAAUUAGACGAUCUGGACUUCGCAGAUGACCUAGCCCUCCUAUCACGUACACGUGAACAGAUUCAGAUAAAGACAGCCAAUGUAGCAGCAGUCUCUGCAUCAGUAGGCCUCAGUAUACACAAAGGGAAAACCAAGGUCCUCAAAUUCAAAGCGAAGAACAGCAAUCCAAUCACCCUUGAUGGCGAAACUCUGGAAGAUGUAGAAUCCUUCACAUAUCUGGGAAGCAUCGUCGAUAGACAUGGAGGUUCAGAUGCAGACGUAAAGGCGAGGAUUGGCAAAGCAAGGGCCGCAUUCCUACAAUUGAAGAACAUAUGGAACUCAAAACAACUUUCAACCAAUAUCAAAGUGAGAAUCUUCAAUACGAACGUCAAGGCAAUUCUACUGUAUGGAGCUGAAACUUGGAGAACUACAACAACCACAAUCAAGAAAGUACAAGUAUUUAUAAAUAGCUGUCUACGCAAGAUACUCAACAUCCAUUGGCCGGAUACCAUCAGCAAUAGCCUUCUGUGGGAGAGAACAAACCAACUUCCAGCUGAAGAGGAAAUUAGGAAAAGACGAUGGAAGUGGAUAGGACAUACAUUACGCAAAUCGUCAAACUGCAUCACGAGGCAAGCUCUAACUUGGAAUCCUGAAGGGAAGCGGAAAAGAGGAAGGCCAAAGAACACGUUACGUCGGAUAAUAGAGGCAGAUAUGAAAAGGAUGAAUUACAACUGGAAGGAGCUGGAAAGGAUUGCCCAGGACAGGGUUGGAUGGAGAAUGCUGGUGAGCGACCUAUGCUCCUUCACGAGGAGUAACAGGUGUAAGUAAGAAGUAAGUAAGUAACAAGAUGGGAUCAAAUAUCUACCUGCAGGGAUUCCAGCAAUCCUCCCAAGCAGACAGUCAAAAGGUUAACAGCCACACGCUGAAUCACGCCGUGACC